AUGAGGUAUCUUGGUAGUGAUCGAGUGAAGAAGACAUGGUUACAGACGUUGAAGAGCGAGUUCGACGCCCUCCGGAUGAAAGAGACCGAGACGAUUGAUGAGUUUGCUGGCAAACUCAGUGUCAUGAGCAGCAAGUUCUCGACUCUUGGUGUCACACUUGAAGACUGCUCUUUGGUAAAGAAGUUGCUCGAUUCUGUCCUUGAUAAAUUUUUUCCUAUUGUUGCUGGUAUUGAGCAGUUCCACGACCUUGAGACAAUACCAUUUAAGGAGACUAUAGGACGACUGAAGGUGUACGAGGAACGAGCAUUACGAUUACGCGGCAAUACCAACAGCACCAAAGGUGAGCUCCUACUUACUCAUGCCACAUGGCAAAUGCAACAGAAGGAGAGCAACGAGGACAUUUCCUCAAGAGGCAAGGGGCGUGGGUCUAGGAGCCCUGGUCGUGGAAAAUGGCGUGGGCAUGGGCGAGGGCGCGGUCGUGGCCGUGGUACACCGCACCAAGAAAGUGCAGAAGGCACUAGCAGCAACGGCAGAGGCACUCAUGACAAGAGCUAUAUAAAGUGUUUUAAUUGUAAGAAAAUGGGGCAUUAUGCGUUCGAAUGCUACAACAAGCGUCGUGAUGAUGAGGCUCACAUCACUUGCGCCACCGAUGAAGAGCUAGCACUGAUGAUGACCGUGACCCACGAGGAGUCUCACACUAGGCGUGAGCAGUAG